CGUCAAUACAGAAGCAUGCGGUAUUUUUACUUUCAAAUUCAACUGUUAAAGUUCUCCGGAGUUGACACAGGCCCCACGACGAAGAUCUGGUAAUUAAUUCCCCAGCAAGCAACCCUCUGAUUGAUCUUCCUUCCUUCCUUCCUUCCACAAAUCCUCCCAAGAUUCCAGCCCGAACGCAAAACACCGUCUCCUUCCUCUUUUGCUCUCCUCUGCAAUUAACUCAGUCAUGGGUCAGUCAUCAAGCAGCCAAAGGAGAAGAAGAGGAAACAAUUACCCACAACAACCAUACUCCUCUCCUCCUCCUCCUCCUCCUCCUCCGGCAACAAGCUAUCCUUAUUCCUCCAAUCCCUCUUACUACCAUCCUAACCCCCCUCCUCCUCCUCCUUACAGUAACAAUACCAAUUCCUACUCCUACCAACUAGCUGCCGGCUACAACACCCUCCUCAGGUUCCUCGAUACCUUGGUCGGCCGAAAUCCCCAACAACAGCAGCUACAACAACCUCACUACUAUUAUUAUGGACCCCCUAAUCAAAUUCAGGGGAAUGGUAGCCGGUGGGUCCCCUCCCCUUCCCCCGCUUCCUCGUCCUCUUCUUUGAUGCCUCCUCCUCCUCCUCCUCAGUAUGUGGAGCAGCAGGAGGCCAAGACCGUCAGGAAUGAUGUCAACGUCCAUAAGGACACUGUCCGCCUCGCGCUAGAUCACCAGAACCCCGAUCACUAUCUAGUUUCCUUUGUGUUUGAUGCCACGCUUGAUGGCAGUAUCACAAUCUACUACUUUGCCCAAGAAGGAGCUAAUGGUGAUCUCUCCCCAGUGUAUGCGGAUAUGCACGCACCAAAAAGGUUCCCUUUCCAGAAAGGGUUCGGACAGGAGUUUCAUCAACCUGCAGGUUCUGGUAUUGAUUUAGGGUUUUUUGAGUUAGAUGAUCUCUCUAAGCCAUUAAAUGGAGAUAUCUUCCCAUUGGUUAUCUAUGCCGAGGCUUGCCCACAGACUCAGCUGAUGGAUGAACAAGUUGGUAAUUGUAAAACUGCUACAUGUGCGCAGAUUACUCAAGCUAUCAUACAAAAGUCUAAUAAUGAGCCUUUUCAAGCAAAGGUUGUAAAGCAGAUAUUGUGGGCAAAUGGUGAACGCUACGAAUUGCAAGAAAUAUUUGGUAUUGCCGACUCAGUAGAAGCGGAAGCAGAAUCUAAUGAUGAUAAUGCGCAUGACAUGGGAAAAGAAUGUGUAAUUUGUUUGUCUGAACCGAGGAGUACUGCAGUGUUACCUUGUCGGCAUAUGUGUAUGUGCAGUGAAUGUGCGAAAGCAUUACGGCUUCAAUCAAAUAAGUGUCCAGUGUGUCGCCAACCUGUUGAGAAGCUAAUGGAGAUUAAUGUGAAGAAGGCUGACCAUUAAAAAGCUUUCAUC